AUGGAGAACACUCCAAAGAUCACGGGAGUUGCAGAUGUUGAUCUUGAGGCGGUGGAGUCGGAGGAGACUCGGGCGGAGACCAUUCAGAGCACAGGGAAGAGCGAAAUCGAGGGCCAGAUCGAUCAUGUAGAGCCUGAGCAAGCACCAACUCGAAUCAUGAUGCUGGUCAUGCUCAGCAUGUUUCAGGGCUACGCUUCGAUGGUGGGCCCUUUGCAAUCAGCCUACAAGCACGAGUUGGGUGUCAAACACGGCACCGCCAGUGCCCACAUCUUCACUCAGGCAGCAGUCGGAGUGCAUUAUGGCAAGUUGAUUGCCAGACUGGGGCACAAUAUCAUUUUUGCAUGCAUCAGCCCACGAAGCCGCGUGAUGAUUGCGAUGGUGUUUAUGUUCGUGGGCGUUUUGAUUCCCCCUUUGCUGGUCUUCACCCUUGAGUGGCACUGGGUCUAUUCGGUCUUUAUUGCCUACAUUCUCUCUGGCUUGGGACUUGGCAUCUUCGAAGUGACUUUCCUCAGCGUCAUCACACCAUUGGGAAAGGCCACCAAGUCUUGGGCAAUCAUUGGUUGUCCUGCGGGCUUUGGAACCAUCAACAUCUUGGGCCUCACCUUGAGCUCCUUUGGGCUUCCAGUGGUGUGGCUCUAUUGGUACAUUGUGGCUUGCCUGCCCUUCGGUCUCUACUUCUUUUGGAAGUUUUCACCCCGGGAGAAGACUGAGCUGCGCACUGCCAACUUUGGUGCGUCCUUGCGGCAGGCGCGUCGUUGGAUGCCGGGAAUGGCACCCUUCUUCCUUGCGCAGUUCUUGAGCCACUUUGCGAUGGAGAAUUGGCCGGCCAUCUUCUACAUGUUCCAUCCACCAAAGGUGCCUCUCUUUAAUCCUGAGAGUUCAGACUACUUGAUGGACUGGGGCCAGUUCUUUGCGAUCACCUACAUUUUUAUUUUCCUUGGUGACUCGAUCAGUCGUAGGAUCGCUAUCUACAUCUCCACGCCUUCUCUUCGCAAGAGGCUGGCACUCCUUGGCCUUGCAAUGGGUCUGAUCAUCGCUGGUCUUUACCUGGAGUCCUUGGCUAUUGCCAUUAUUAUCCCGCUGGCAAUCUUCAUGAUCUUCUGGGGUAAUGGCACCAUCUACGGGCUCACAGCCAAUCAUGUCGACAAACAGGUGCCUCCUGAACACAAUCUGGCCUCCUACUCUUGCUGGUGCUUCAUCGGUGACUUGGGUGCAAUCCUCGGUGGAAUCUUGGUCGAAAACACCCAUGACCUUUUCUGCCGUGGUCAUCAUGGGCCUUACGAGUGCUGA